AUGGAGGAGAUGGAAUGGGUGCCAAAGCAGCCCAAGGCUAAGGACCUGAGGGUUGGGCUCAUCAACUGGGCGGGAAGCUACCUGACUUUUGAGCCUUGUAAGAAAAGAGUCAGUGCUACAGCAAAGGGUUUGGGCAAGAAACAGACGUGGGAGCUCCUGGUGUGCAAUGAACAUGACUCACAGGCUGUGGUCCGACUCCGAAGCCUGCAGGGUCACUACCUGCUGUCCGAAGGGAACGGCUCGGUGUGUUACGGGCAACCGAGGGGCAACCAUCAUGGGUGCUUCCUGCUACGCUUCCACCGGAACUGCAAGUGGACCCUCCAGUGUGUCCUCACCGGGCACUACCUGGAGUCGGAAGGCGAGGACGUGUUCUGCAAGUCCAGGGUGCUCUCAGCCUACCACAUGUGGACCCCUCGGCCAGCUCUGCACAUCCACGUGACCCUCUACAACCCCCUCCACCGCUGCUAUGCCCGGGCUGACCCCACGGUGGGUCGCAUCUGGGUGGACACGCCAAUCCCUUGCCUGGAGGAAUGUGGCUUCCUGCUGCAUUUCCAGGAUGGCUGCUACCACCUGGAGACCUCAACACACCACUUCCUGUCCCACCUGGACAGGCUGGUCUCCCAGCCUUCGGCACAGACAGCCUUCCACAUGCAAGUGCGGCCCAGAGGGCUGGUGGCACUGAGCGAUGGAGAAGGGGGCAUAUUGUACCCCCAGGGCUCACGGCUGCUCCUGGGGCUGGGCUCUAGGCCCCAUCAUGGUGAAGAGUGGUUCGUCCUUCAGCACUGCCCCGCCUGGGUCACCCUCAAGUCAAGGGCGAAGAAGCUUGUCUCGGUCUGCGAUUUUGAGGUAUAUGCUACCGCAGAUCGCUUAACCCCGAUGUCCUUGUUCCAGUUUGAGUGUAACAAGGACAGCUCCACCUUGCAACUGCGUUCAGUCAACGGCUUCUAUCUAGUCCAGCGGCGCCAUAGGACACUGAUGGCCGACGGGCACCCUCUGGAGUCCGACACCUUCUUCCGCAUGUACUGGAACUACGGCCGGCUCAUACUACAGUCCUCCAGCGGGCGCUUUCUGAGCAUCAUGGCUAAUGGCCUCCUGGUGGCCAAUGCCACCGUUCCAGGCCCCCAUGAGGAAUUUGGGAUCCGAUUAGCCAACCGCCCCUUCCUGGCACUGCGCGGGCGAUAUGGGUACGUGGGCACUUCCUCAGAACAUGACCUCAUGCAGUGCAACAUGGACCAGCCCGACUGUAUCCACCUGCUGCCCUGCCGCCAGGGCAUCUACCACUUCCAGGCACAGGGUGGAGCCUUCUGGUCCAUUACAUCUUUUGGCACCUUCCGCCCUUGGGGGAAGUUUGCCCUCAACUUCUGCAUCGAGCUUCAGGGGAGCAACCUGCUUACCGUCCUGGCGCCCAAUGGCUUCUACCUGCGCGCCGACAGGAGCGGCACCCUGUUGGCAGACAGCGAAGACAUUACCAAAGAGUGUAUCUGGGAGUUUUAG